AUGGCAACAAUAGACAUUGAAUCAGCACCAUUACUAAGGAGCAACAAGCCGACAAAUGGAUCUAGCAAGAAAAAGUGCCUUGGUAUAGUGGCAUUGGUGGCAUUGGUGACCAUUGGCAUGAGCUGCAUAAUGGCUGCAUCAAGCCAUCCUCAUCAAAAUGAUGCUUUAGAGAGUCCAGUUGAUUUCAAAGGCCAUUUGGUAAAAGGAUCCAAAGGUGCUGUGGCAGUAGAGGCAGAGGAGUGCUCCAACGUUGGUGUGGAAAUUUUGAAACAAGGUGGCAAUGCGGUGGAUGCAGCCAUCGCAUCCACACUAUGCAUUGGUGUUAUUGACAGCUUUGCUACAGGUAAAGCGACCUCGCAUCUGAAUCUCUUUAAUGUGCAACACCAUACUUACUUUCUUCUCUCUCUGUGUCAUCUAGGCAUUGGAGGCGGUGGAUUCAUGUUGAUCCGAUCACCAAACGGCACCUUUGAGUUUAUUGAUUUUCGAGAAACAGCGCCUGAAAAAGCAACCAGAGACAUGUUUGUGGAGAACCCGGAUUUGGCCAAAGUAGGUGCAUUAUCUAUCGCUGUACCUGGCGAGAUACGAGGUUUAGAAAUGGCCCAUAAAAGACACGGCAAACUCUCAUGGUCCGACUUGUUUGCGCCUGCGAUACACAUAGCUCGACAUGGAUUCAAGGCCACUGAAUUGUUGGCUGUGCGUGUGGCGACUGAAUCAGAAUGGAUGCAAAAUAGCACAGCAUGGUCCGAUGUAUACUAUCGAGAUGGCAAGCCCAUUCAACAAGGUGACUUGAUCAAACGACCUCAAUUGGCCGACACCUUGGAAACCAUCUCCACGUUAGGCGCAGAUGUAUUUUACGAGGGCGACAUUGCAAAGCAGCUUGUGGCCACCAUUCAAUCCGCUGGCGGCAUAGUGACAUUGGAGGACUUCAAAGCCUAUCGUCCUGUGAUCCGUCGCACGUUGAGUACUUGGUACAAUGGUCGCAAAAUCACCACAUGCUCAGAACCUACCAGUGGCCCUGUGAUCCUCAGUGUGCUCAACUUGAUUGAGCGUUUUCAAUUCAAAGUCGAGGGAUUCACAGGCCUCAACCUGCAUCGCUUGGUCGAGGCGUUCAAGUUUGGGUAUGCGUUUAGAACUGAAUUGGGUGAUCCUGAUUAUAUCAAGAACGAGCCUCGCAUUGACGAAAUGGUACAAAAGGAUUACGCAGCUGAUAUCCGACAAAGGAUCACAGACGACACCACGCAUGAUCCCUUGUACUAUAAUCCAAAAUUCGAUCAUGUUGAAUCACAUGGCACCAUGCACUUGUCAGUAGUGGAUGAGCAUGAUGGUGCUGUGGCAUUGACAUCGACUGUCAAUUUGAUUUUCGGCUCGCAUAUCAUGGAUCCUAGCACAGGUGUCAUCUUGAAUGAUGAAAUGGAUGAUUUCUCUAUUCCUGGCAUUCCCAACAUGUUUGGCCUCUAUCCUAGCGAAUACAAUUAUGCAGGUCCACGCAAGAGACCCUUAUCGUCCAUUACACCCACCAUCAUUGAGAAAGAUGCUCGAUUUGAGAUGGCUAUCGGUGGUUCUGGUGGAUCCAUUAUACCUACGGCCACACUCAAUGCUAUUGUCAAUGUUUUAGAUUACAAUCAAGAUCUCUAUACAGCCAUUGCAGCACCUAGAGUACAUCAUCAAUUGCUGCCCAAUGUUGCUAUUGUAGAAAAUGGAUAUUCCAAAUCCAAACAAGCUGAAUUAGCUACCAAGAAGCAUGAUGUAUUUAUAUUGCCCAAAAACUUUUCCAUCUCUGCUGUACAGGCUGUCAGACGUAUGCCAGACGGUACCUUGGAGGCAGCCAGUGAUCCCAGAAAAAUGGGUGUUGCAGCAGCUUACUAA